AAAGCCUUGCGCACGAAGCCUCCGCGUUGACCUCAUUCCCCUCGCCCUCCGCCGAGAUGCUGGAGAUACGAGAGCUGAGGCCGCUUCUAGCCAUCCUCAAUGAGGACAGCAGCAUCGCUGAGGCUUCGCUAAACGAUCAGCCGAUAGAAACGAGCGGUAUAAGUCUAUGAACUCGGACGCUAACGACGCGUAUGUGACCUUUCUGCUGCUCUGCAGGAGGACGACAAGCCGAUGGAGCAAGUAACCAGCAUGUUCCUGCGCACGUUCACUAAGAAUGACCACUUCAAAGUGGGCUGCACAAUCUGCAUCCUGCUACAAGAUAAUCUGCUUACUAGCUCACAGCGCAUCGUAAGCUUCUCGAUCCUGAGUGAUCUGUACCGCAAUGAAGGCGCCACAACAAACCCGUUCCUGCCCGUGUUCCUGGACGCCCUGGAGAAGGGCAGUGAUCUGUGCGAGAAGAAGUUCAUCGUGCACCUGCUGUCGCCUACAGGCAAUCGCGAGUCGGGCAAGAAGACAGCGAAGCAGAUGAUGGCAGAGCUCCGAGCGAACCCGUCACAACCAGUCCAAUUCGACGUGGAGGCCAUGAGGAGCAGCUACUUGGAGCGAACCCCAUCAGUCCCGCAGUUUCGAGCAGCAGGUAUCCGCAAUGUGGUGACAGACACAGAGUUCGACCUGCAGGAACACGUGAACAAUGGGGCCAAUCUGCAAGUACCUCCGAAUGAGGUCAGCUCGUUGAACUUACCGUGCUUUGAAGCGCUGUCGCUGGAAGAGAUGAGCCUGCUUAGUGACGCUGAGCCAUCGACCGGAACUCCCGCUGCUGCGUCAAGUUCUGCUGCGAGUGCGUCGUCUACAGGAUCCCUAUCGCUAUUGAGCUUCGAGCCAACAUUUAUGCGUCUCCCUCCGCCCAUUCUAAAGCCAGAUAUGACCGAGUUGAUUUGGUUGAACCCAGACUACUGUCCGACAGUGCUGUGGGACUCGACGAUGCUGGACUCGGCGCACGGGAUCGCUCUGCGUGAACUUAUGCUGCGUGCAUUUCAGAAACCGCUAGUGCCGUCGCUGCAGCAGAAGGUGCUCGCGGAGCUUGAAGCCGACCCCAAGCUCGUGUAUCACUGCUCACUGACGCCUCAGCGAUUGCCAGAUCUAGUGGAGAACAACCCGAUGCUGGCCAUCGAUUGCCUGCUGAAGCUCAUGUCCUCGAACCAGAUCACAGAAUACCUGUCCGCUCUAGUGAACAUGGACAUGUCACUACACUCGAUGGAGGUCGUGAAUCGCCUGACGACGGCCGUGGAUUUGCCGACCGAGUUCAUCCACUUGUACAUUUCCAACUGCAUUUCGUCGUGUGAGAACAUCAAGGACAAGUACAUGCAGAACCGUCUGGUGCGCCUGGUGUGUGUCUUCCUGCAGUCUCUGAUCCGUAACAAGAUCAUUAACGUGCAGGACUUGAUCAUUGAGGUGCAGGCUUUUUGUAUCGAGUUUAGUCGUAUCCGCGAGGCAGCUGGACUGUUCCGCUUACUGAAGACGCUGGAGUAA